UACAACGCUAUAAAACGCCCCUUUCUCUUUCUCAUAUGUAAUCUCAGCCCCGCAUCUCUUCAAUUCACUAUCACUACGAUGUCGACUCACGCAAAGAAGCUCCUCUCAUCUAUCCUCAUUCUCUCCUUUCUCCUGCAGGUGUUUGUUGAAGCAUCUUUGGAUAUUGUGGACGGAGACGGAGAAGUAGCAGCUCUUUACCACAAAAGCCAUAAAUCCAAGAUCAAUUGCCCUUAUGCAUGUGCCAGGAGAUGCAGGAAGUCGUCGAGGAAAAACGUGUGCACUCGCGCGUGUGGCACAUGUUGCAUGAGGUGCAAAUGCGUCCCACCGGGUACCUACGGCAACAAGAGCGUUUGUCCGUGCUAUGCCAAGCUUAAAACACAUGGACAUAGGCCCAAGUGUCCUUGACCCAUCAAGGGCCCACCUAUAUCAAUGGCCUUGAUUUCCUUACACCAUCGUGAAUAAAUGGUCCACUAAAUAAUUUGUUAUCGAAGUUUGAAAUUAAGAUUUUUGUACGGUUCUGUGAUAAUGGCUGGUAUAAUUGCUAAGAGAUGUGGUAGCCUGUGUGACUCUAAUCUCAAGUUUGUUAUCAUCAGAUGAUCGGUACCAUCUAUUGUAUUUCGAUGGCCCACUAUCCAAUAAUCAAGCUGAAAUGAUGAUCGUGACCAUCUA